UUUAUGGACCUGAUUAUCCCACUAUGAACUUCAGAAGUUAUUUGUGGCUGCAGCCACUGUACAAGAUAUGCCAUAUUACAUGGUACACUGGGUUCUCUAGUGCUGAAGCCACUCUUUGCUGUUGCGUUCUGACCUGUCUAACACAGAUUGCUCUAGGACAGUGCUGGCUGUGGUAUUGUCUGUGAAGGUUGGCGUUCGUCUAGGUCAUGGUAUAUCAGUAGUAAGUCAGAACUGAAUUUGUAUAUUUAUUUAUCUUUAAACUUUUGCAAGUCUUCCAACAGGCUUUCUUAAUUUUUAAUUGAGAGAGCCAGUUGGAGGACUAGCAAAACUUUGCACAUAUAGUGUGCUGCUCCUAGUAACCGCCUGUGUGCAUUAAGCAACCAAUGAGAGGAGGAGCACACACAGCUAUAUGUAUUACCUAAUCAAGGCCUUUGGGCUAGGUAGGGCAAACGUGCACAAGAAUGUUACUCCCCAGAUAAUAGGAGCACAUCCACACUUGAAAGUGCCAUUCCUUCAAGAACUGAAGCACACAGAGUGAGAUCAGAGUGAAGACGAGGAGGAGGAGGAGCACUGGAUUAAAGUCUGCACCGACACGGCCUUCUUCUACAAUGAGCUCUGUAAUCUUUCAGCUUCUUGCAGUCUACAUCGUUUUCACCUCAUCAGAAAGAGGUUACUUCUGGCACUUGACAGACUUGCAUCUAGAUCCUAACUACACAGUGACCACUGACCCUGGGAAAGUAUGUCCAUCUGCAGGUGACCAGCCUGUUACAAAUGCAGGGAAAUGGGGGAAUUAUCUGUGUGACUCUCCAGGUGCUCUCAUAAACUCAUCCAUUUAUGCAAUGAAAACUAUCUUGCCUGACCCGGACUUCAUACUGUGGACUGGGGAUGACACCCCACAUGUACCUAAUGAAAAACUUAGUGAGAAGGCAGUAUUGGAAAUUGUGGAAUGGCUGACAACACUAAUCUUACAGGUGUUUCCAGAAACCAAAGUUUACGCAGCCUUAGGAAAUCAUGAUUUUCACCCUAAAAACCAACUACCAACACAAAAUAAUUCUAUUUAUUAUCGGAUGUCAGAACUUUGGAGUCCAUGGUUCAAGCAAGAAUCUAUACCUAUGUUUCAAAAAGGAGCAUUUUACAGUGAACAGGUGAUGAACAUAGAAAACGUGGGACGUAUUGUUGUUUUAAAUACAAAUUUAUACUAUGAUUCCAACAGUAUCACAGCCAAUAUGGAGGAUCCAGGUGACCAGUUUGUAUGGCUGGAAAACCAGUUAUCAGAUGCUUCUCAAAAGGGAGAAAAGGUUUAUAUUGUGGGACAUGUGCCUCCAGGAUAUUUUGAGAAGAAACGUGGGAAGCCUUGGUUCAGGGAAAACUUCAACAAACGUUAUGUAGAGAUUAUCCAGAAGCACCACAAAGUGAUACAGGGACAGUUUUUUGGACAUCACCACACAGACUCUUUCAGAAUGUUCUACAGCAACUCAGGUGAUCCUAUUGGCAGCAUGUUUAUUGCACCUGGAGUAUCUCCUUGGAAAACUACUUUACCAGGAGUAGCGAAUGGAGCUAACAAUCCUGGAAUCAGAGUGUUUGAGUAUGACCGGAAAAACCUUCAGGUUCUAGAUAUGGUCACAUACUACCUGAACCUCACAUUUGCAAAUAUAGAAUCUCCAAGAUGGGAGAAGGAGUAUCGUCUAACAGAAGCAUUUUUGGUGCCAGAUGGCUCUCCCCAGUCUAUGCACAAAGUAUUGGAGAAAAUAUCUAAGGACCAAUGCUUUUUACAAAAGUACUAUGAAUAUAACUCAGUCAGCUAUGAUUUGGAAACCUGUGAGGAGUCUUGUAAAAUUGAUCAUGUUUGUGCUAUUCGUGAAGUGGACUUCACAAAGUACGAUGAAUGUGUAAAGAACAGUAUCUCGUCUUUAAAGCCUGUCUCUCAUAUAGCAACGAUGAUGAUGAUGCUCGUCUGUCUCUUUCUGAAGUAAACCCACAAAACAGCUCUCAGUUCAAAAUAGAAGACAGUUCUUGGGACAGAUUAUUCUUAAUCCUUGCUAAUAAAGCUUUUGGCACUAUGUAAAAACUGAAUUUGAGUAAAUUUGUAAAAUAUUAUGGUGAAUGGCUCUAAUAAUAUAUAUUCUUCUGAAACAAACACAUAACUCUACCCCAGGACUGACUUUUUUACUGUACAGGUGUCAAUACAUCUUUCAUAGCUGUCAACCGAACCACAGUGUUUUUCUAUGUAAAAACCUGCACCUGACUAUUUUCUGGUGGACUUUUGUGCCACGUGUGAAGAUACCCAUACUCAUUCACUUUGCAGGUACUGUACAAUGCUGCAGAUUUUCUUCACAAGAAUCCACAACGGCACAUCUACAGCAUUGCAGUCACAUUUGGACAUAGCCCAUUUCAGUCUUCUAAAAAGCGCUUGUCAAAACAACCCUAUUCAGAUAAAUGUCAUAUACUGACAGGCUUCUUCUAAACCACUACACAGCCGGAAUAGGAGGCAUAGAGAUUUAGCUUAAUACAAGUAAUGGUCCAUUUACACAUACCGACAAUUUUGGGCUAUUAUCGGGGAUAAGCUUUUGUAGAAACUCUUGUUCCCAAUAAUAGGCCUGUAUAAAAGGUGCCAGCGAUCAUCUGAGCAAACAAUCCUUCUCCCAGUCAUGGCGCAUGCCCUCUUUACAGAAGGUCCAUAGCCAGGACCCGAAUGAUGGAGCUCACCAUAUCGUAUGCCAUACCAAGCGAUUAAAAGUGAUCCCAUGUUUGCUGACUAAACUAU